CGUCAGCGGAAGUAGCUCUGUACCCGGAAGUGGCUACUGAGCUCUGGGGGAAUGAGCCGCUGAAACGGUGCUGCUUUGACAGCUGUGGCCGGGCAGGAUGGGAAGGCAGAGGAAGAGGGUGGUAACAGGUGAAGCACCUCCACCGCCCAGGAAAGAUGACAAGCCUUCUGCAUUUCAUCGCAAGGAGAAGAAAAAGAAAGUUGAUAUUGGGAAAGUCUUCAUCAACAUCUCCAUUGGCCUUUGCAUAUUCAGCCUCAUCUGGUUUUUCUAUGCCUUAUACAUGCGGUCAAGCCUAGCCAAAAGGGUGGUGACUUUACACCCCGCGGCCCCUGUCCUGGAUGCCAAUAGCAGCAGUGCCAAGGUUUCACCAGAGCGGUUCUGGGGCUCCUACAGGCCCCAGGUGUACUUCGGAAUGAAAACCCGGAGUCCCAGGUCGGUAGUAACUGGCAUGAUGUGGAUGCGACAGUUCACUGACUUUGACAUAAACCUGAGGCACACGUGUGAACAGGGAGAUCGCUUACAGAGCUAUGGCUGGCUGAUGCACGAUGGGACCAACUUCGGAGUCCAGGAAAUCCGAGAUAAUGAUUUUACGCUGACCACAGAGUUUGUCAAGAGGAUGGGAGGGGGCCACGGCGGAGACUGGACCUGGAGGAUCACAGCCAAACAGCAUAGCUCCUCUCCCCACGCCCCCGUCCUCUCUCUGAUGUUCUAUGCUGCAGCAGACACACAAGGAUCCCUGGAAGCUCAUGUGGAGGAGAAAACACGCCUGGCGUCGAUCACUGGCUCCUCAGAGGAGCUUGGAAACUUCAAGAUCACCUUCCGAAAGCCUGUUACUGGGGAACAGUCCAGUGCUAAAUAUGCCAGCUACAACUAUCUCAAGACUCUCACCCCAGGUUUGGAGAAAUUGACUGACAUUGUGAAGCACAGUCUGAAUCGCAGGUUUGUCUACAGCCCCUCAUCUGGAGAGAAAAGACAUUACAUCGGUGUUGAUGUCUACAGACCCCCACAUCACCCCAACCAGCAGAAACCACAUGACCCCAGAAAGGAGAGCGAUUUUGUGGUUCACCAAGUUACUGUCCAGACACCCUUCCAGGUUGAAGUUUUGUUUGAAUCCGGCAGCUUUUCCAACCGCCCUAACCAGCUUGUUGGUCCAAUUCUAACACAAGAGUUGGACAGACGAAAGGCAGAGUUUAAUGCAAAGUUUGAAAAUACUUUUCGGCUUGAAAGCAAAGGGUUUAAUCAAGCAAAUAUUAAAUUCGCCCAAGCUGCGCUCAGCAACAUGUUAGGUGGAAUGGGCUACUUCUACGGGCAGUCAGUGGUGCAAUCUGUCUACAAUGAGUACCCUCUUCUGUACCCUGAAGGUGCCCUCUACACUGCUGUGCCCUCCCGCUCUUUCUUUCCCCGUGGGUUUCUCUGGGACGAGGGAUUCCACCAGCUCCUUCUGAGUAAGUGGGACCCCCAGGUUACACAGGAGGCCAUCGCACACUGGAUUGACCUUAUGAACAUUGAAGGAUGGAUUCCUCGUGAGCAGAUUCUGGGAGAUGAGGCUCGUAGUAAAGUUCCAGGGGAGUUCAUAGUUCAACGCAACGAAAAUGCCAAUCCCCCAACUUUAUUUUUAGCCCUUCAGGGUCUCAUUGGGCAGUUAUCUGCAAAUUCAGAUGAGAAAACGUUCACUUUUCUACAACGUCUUUUUCCCAAAUUAAAGACUUGGUUUGACUGGUACAAUACCACUCAGACAGGCCCCAAACCAAACUCGUAUCGUUGGCGAGGGCGCGACAAAGACACAAAUUUGUUUCUCAAUCCUAAAACUCUCACUUCAGGACUCGACGAUUACCCCCGGGCGUCCCACCCCUCCGUAGAUGAACGCCACGUGGACUUGCACUGUUGGAUGGCCAUGUCUUCAGGAAUCAUGGCCAGUGUAGCUCGCCUUCUGGGUGAGCCUUACGAGGAAUAUGAACUUACUCACAAUAUUCUCAGUGAUAACAACCUACUGGAUGAAUUGCAUUGGUCAGAACAGUUGAGAUCGUACAGUGACUAUGGCAACCACACACAGGCAGUUUCACUACAGCAAGAGAAGGUGUAUGUGCCUCCGGGACAGCCGCGGCAUCAGUUCCCCGUAGCUCGACUUGUGCGUUAUGUCCGUAAAGCUCCUAAGCUGCAGUUUGUCAACGCUUUGGGCUACGUCAGCCUGUUCCCCUUUCUACUCCACAUCCUCCAGCCCGACUCAUCCAAACUGGAGCAGAUCUUUCAAGACAUGAGGGAUCCCAACAAACUCUGGACGCCCUAUGGUCUGCGCUCCUUAUCCAAAUCGGACCCUCUGUACAUGAUGAGAAAUACAGAGCAUGACGCCCCCUACUGGAGAGGGGCCAUAUGGAUUAACGUCAACUAUUUGGCUGUGCGAGCCCUCCAUCAUUACAGCACCACAGAGGGGCCGUACCAAGAGAAGGCAGCUGCUCUCUAUAAAGAACUCAGGACUAACAUUGUUAAUAAUGUUUUUAAACAGUAUGUUGAAACAGGGUAUAUCUGGGAACAGUACAAUGACAGCACUGGCAGAGGGCAAGGAAGCCACCCAUUUACCGGCUGGUCAGCACUCACGGUGUUAAUAAUGGGAGAGCAUUACUGACCACGAUUUCUCUACUGUGGGACAUCAGCAUUCAUUCAUCUACAUUUGUUUGUAACAAAAGAUUCAAGGUUUAAGAACUGAAUAUGGUUUUAUAAAGGUAUAAAAGCACCAUGAAAACUAUCAACACAGCAGCAUAUUGACACAUAAAAGAUACAUUUUCACAAUUUACAGCGGCUUUUUUUUUCUAAAAUAAAAAGAUCAUUUGUAAAAGAACAGCCUGUGUUAGUACUAAAAGAAAAGCCUGUUAGGACUUGACAGAUAAGAGCCUCUGUCUUUUAUUGUGCCAUGUUUGGAGUAUUGCUUUCUUGAUCAUUUUGUGUUUAAUUUAAAACGACCUUUUAGAUCAUGGUCUUUCAGCUGCUACUGCUCACUGCUACUGAAAACUGCAGUAUUUUGUACUUGAGCCUGUGGUCUGCACACAAGAGUGUGGUAUUGUUUUGUUAAAAACAAUAAAUCCUUUAAAUUAAA